AUGCAAAUUUUCGUGAAAACUUUGACUGGUAAGACCAUUACUCUUGAAGUUGAAGCUUCGGACACUAUAGAGAACGUGAAGGCAAAAAUCCAAGAUAAGGAGGGUAUUCCUCCCGAUCAGCAGCGAUUGAUUUUUGCAGGCAAGCAGUUGGAAGACGGUCGGACUCUAUCCGAUUAUAAUAUACAAAAGGAAUCCACUUUGCAUCUGGUGCUUCGUCUUCGUGGUGGUAUUAUUGAGCCGUCGUUGCGUCAACUUGCGCAGAAAUAUAACUGUGACAAGCAAAUUUGCAGAAAGUGUUACGCACGCUUGCCUCCGAGGGCGACGAAUUGCAGGAAGAAGAAGUGCGGUCAUUCAAAUGACUUACGUGUGAAAAAGAAGUUGAAGUAA